AUAAUAGAAGUAUUGUGGGGUAGGUUUGUUUAGAACAGAAAUUAAAGACCAAAUUUUCUGAGAGAAGGAAAGAACACCUGCAAAUGAAAUGCUGUUCCUGCAACUUCCGUUGCUAGCAGUUCUCCUCCCAGGUGUUGACAAUAAAGAUGAUUUCCAUGAGCCAGUAUCCUUCCGAAUCAUCCAGAUCUCAUCCUUUUACAACCAUUCUUGGAUACAAAAUCUGGGCUCAGGCUGGUUGGGCGAGUUGCAGACUCAUGGGUGGGAGAGCAACUCUGGCAAUAUCAUUUUCCUGUGGCCCUGGUCCAAGGGUAACUUCAGCAAUAAGGAUUUGAUGGAACUGGGAAAGUUAUUUCAUAUGUUCUCCAUUGGAUUUCUUCAGGCAUUUUGCAACCAUGCCAGUCAAUGGCGUUUUGAAUAUCCCUUUGAAUUACAGGUGGUAGGAGGUUGUGAUCUGCACUUUGGGAAAGGUUCAGUAGGCUACAUGCGGGUUGCUUAUCAAGGAUCAGAUUUCCUGAGCUUCCAGAGCAAUUCAUGGUUGCCAUCUCCGAAUGGUGGAAGUAAGGCUCAGCAUGUCUGCCGACUAUUCAAUUCAGACCAAAUAACCCUGGAAAUAAUACACAGGAUCCUCAGUGACACCUGUCAACGUUUCCUCUUGGGACUUCUUGAUGCAGGGAAGUCAUAUCUCCAGCGACAAGUAAAGCCAGAGGCCUGGCUGUCCACUGGCCGCAGUCCUGGUCCUGGGCAUCUGAUGCUGAUUUGUCACACUUCUGGCUUCCACCCAAAGUCUAUUUGGGUGAUGUGGAUGAGGGGUGAGCAGGAGCAUCCGGGCACUCAGCGAAGUGACAUCUUGCCCAAUGCUGAUGGGACAUGGUAUCUUCGGGCGUCCUUAGAUGUGCAAGCCACUGAGACAUCUGACCUGUCUUGCCGGGUGAGACACAGCAGUCUAGAAGGCCAGGACAUCAUCCUCUACUGGGAACAUCACAGCUCCAUGGGCUUUAUCUUCUUGUUCUUCUUGAUAUUGCCCCUGGUGCUUCUGACAGGUCUGGCCUUUUGGCUUAGGAAACGUGGGACGCACUGUGAAUUUCCAAGGACAUGUCUCCCUUUGGAAUGAGAUCCCAGCAUUGCAGGGGCUCA